AAGAUUUUAGAGUACUCCGUUGUUAUUUUUGCGUGGGUAAUCAGUAUUCAGUUUUAAGUGUUGAACCCUACUGCUAUCAGGCCUAUCAUCAGAAGUAGAGACCAAAUAGGAGAGAUAGCAGAAAGGAUCAACAAUGGCGACAACACCAAUUCCAAGUGACACAUUCAAGCUAGGUUUCAUCGGAGCUGGAAAAAUGGCGGAAAGCAUUGCCAGAGGUGUCGUCAACUCCGGCGUUUUGCCUCCUUCCCGGAUUUUUACCGCCCAUCUCGGCGCCCAACGUCGCGAGGCUUUUCAGUCUUUCGGCGUCUCCGUCGUCGAUCAAAAUCGCCAGGUUGUUGAAGAAUGUGACGUGGUUAUUUUCUCUGUAAAACCUCAAAUUGUCAAGGAUGUGGUGUUACAGUUGAGACCAAAGCUUACAGAGAAGCAGCUGCUAGUAUCAGUGGUUGCUGGAACAAAAUUGAAGGAUUUACAGGAAUGGGCCGGACAGAGCCGUUUUAUUAGGGUAAUGCCUAAUACUCCUGCUGCUGUGGAAAUGGCAGCAUCAGUGAUAAGUUUGGGAGGGACAGCAACUGAAGAGGAUGGUGAGCUUAUAGAAAGAUUAUUUGGAGCAGUUGGCAAGGCUUGGAGAGCUAAUGAAAAAUUGUUUGAUGCAAUUACUGGCCUCAGUGGAAGUGGGCCAGCAUAUAUAUUCUUGGCUAUUGAAGCCUUGGCUGAUGGAGGAGUUGCUGCAGGUCUGCCACGAGAACUUGCUAAGGGUUUAGCUGCUCAAACUGUUCUCGGAGCAGCAUCCAUGGCUGUUAACAGUGGGAAACAUCCUGCUCAGCUCAAAGACGAUGUUGCAUCACCUGGAGGCACUACAAUUGCUGGUAUUCAUGAGUUGGAGAAAGGUGGAUUUCGUGGCACCUUGAUUAAUGCUGUGGUGGCAGCUGCAAAACGUGGUCACGAACUUUCACAGAGCUAACUUCAUCAUGGAUACAUCUAUAAUAUUCUUUAGAGAUGCAGCUAGUGGAUCUAGGGACUCCAACAAUGUUAUAGAAAUUUGCUUAGUCUCUUUGGUAGAGGUCUACAUUAUUGAAGUUCAUAUAAUCUCUUAGAAAGUUGCAAGGAGAAGCAAAUUAUAUUGUGUUUUGAAAUGUGAAGCUUUGAAAUGAUACGAGUUGGUGAAAAAAUUUCUACAGAGUACAAUAGAACCAAAUGCUACAUGAUUGAUGCUUGUUCUAUAAUGUAGCAUUGUGCACAAAUCUGUAAUCGGAUCGGAACCACAAUGGAUUGGGACUGGAAUUCCUGAUCCUUUGGGAUUGGAGACUGACCAGAAUAACCUGUUUAGAA